UGCGGGAAGAGCAGCGCGGAGCAGUCUGGGAAAUGUAGUUUUUUUUUUUUUUUUAACCAAGCUAUAGAUUCGUAGCGGGAACCGAGGUUCCGGGAGGGGCAGAGACGCUUGAAAAGAGAGUGCUGCCCUGGAACUAUGGGAAGAAGGCUGUUCUCUAAGAUCCGGAAGUCCCCCUGGGGCUCCUCCGAACGGGAUUCAGACAGCCUUUUAACUGGUAGUUGGAGCACAGGAAGAGUUUGUUUAUUGAAUGUUUUACCCAUUUUGGAUUGAGUUAGCGCCUGAGGAUAAUCCUGUGAAUUGUAUGCUGCGACGGAAACCAACGCGUCUGGAGCUAAAACUUGAUGACAUUGAAGAGUUUGAGAAUAUUCGCAAGGACCUAGAGACCCGCAAGAAACAGAAAGAAGAUGUGGAUGUUGUAGGAGGCAAUGAUGGAGAAGGAGCCAUUGGGCUUGGCAGUGACCCUAAGAGCCGGGAACAAAUGAUUAAUGAUCGGAUUGGUUAUAAACCCCAACCCAAACCAAACAAUCGCUCAUCUCAAUUUGGAAAUUUUGAAUUUUAAAGAUGGAUUCCAUUGCAUGACAGAGCCCUGGAAUGGAAUAAAAUGAUGGCAAAAAUACAAACUAGAUUUAGAGAAUUGAGUACAUACAGUGAAGCAGAUUAUUUUACCUCCUGCAGAGAAAGAUAAAUUCUGCAUGAAAUUAUUGGUAUUCACCUUUUCACACUAAGCUGGAAUCUGAACUCUGGUCUCUGGAAAACUUUACUGUGUAAAACAUCUGAUUUUUGUUUUUAAAAAUAAAUAUAUUUUUGGAAAAUAUGAGACAUCGUUAAUGAAGCAAAGUAGCACUGCUAAGUCCUGGGCUUUGAAAGAUAACCUUUUGGGGGUUGAACUCAGGACCUUGCGCUUGCCUGGCCAGUGCUUAUGCUGAAAGGUAACUUCUAUAAAAGUUAAUAUUGUUCCUCAUGUCUUUACUAAAAGAUUCUAAGUACAGAACGUUCUGGUUGGUUCUUGCCAACUUCAUUUAACCCCAUUUAUUCAAGGUUUUGAGUGGCUUCCAUGCCCAGUCUGCAAAGAUCUCUGGCCUUGUGGCUGUUAGAUCUAUUGAUUUUGUAUAAAUCUGAUCAAGUUGUAAGGGCCUGAUCUGUGUUCCUGAAUGGCUUUGUAACUACUGUGAUUAUAAUAUUGGGAGAUGGAAUAUUAGGCAGAACUGAGGAACUCUCCUGACAGUG